ACUCGUCAAUUGAGUUAUUUUGAUAUUAUUAGCUAAUAUGGAUACUGUUUAUGAUCGUGCAUUAUUUGAAGUAGGGGACAAUGGUCUAUUUCAAAAAAAGUUUGACUUGAUUUAUAAUAUAGUACUUCCAUUUUUUUGGAUGAUGUCGUAUAAUAACUUAUUAUUUGUUCUGGCUAUUAUUCCACAUUCUUGUGAGCUACCAGACAAACCCGUAAAUGUUAGUGAACUUGCAUGGAAAUCGAAAUACAUACCCACAUUUGAGGACACAAUAGGAAGGAUCAAAUUCAACGAAUGUUCAAUUUACGUUAAUCCUGACGUUAAUAAUGAAACAACAAGUUGUGCUAAAUAUACAUAUGAUAAAACUUGGUAUGAAUCCACGGUGCCUUCUGAUAACAAUUGGGUUUGUGACGAUGAGAUCUAUGUGGCAAAUGUUUUCUCUAUCAGCAGAUUUGGAGAAAUAGCUGGAGCCUUGAUUUUCGGUUGGUUUGGAGAUGUAUAUGGUCGUCGAAUGACUUAUAUCAUUUCCUUGGCUUUCAUUGUUCUUGGAAGGAUUGUCUCACUUUUGGGAAGUAGUUCAUUCCUUUUUUUUGUAAGUGGUGCUCUGAUAACUUGCAUAUCAACAUGGACAGUUGUGCAAAGUUCAUAUGUAAUAUCAAUGGAAAUGUCAGCUUCAAAUAGACGUGCAGUGUACACAACUCUUCGAAGUGCAGCGCUAAGCUCAGGCAUGUGCGUGCUACCGUUACUGUAUUGGUGGCUUAGAGACUGGAAACUAUUUAUGUCUAUAACCACAUCGUCACAAUUGAUAUUCCUCUUUUUUUCUUGGAACAUUAUAGAAUCUCCCCGCUGGUCCUGGAUUUCGGGCAAAACAGAUGAUUGUAUUGUCAAUCUUCAGCGAAUUGCUCGUACCAAUAAGACAACGUUAAGUCCUGAAAUUGAGAACGAAAUACGGAAAACACCACCAAUCGGAAAAAUUCAGUCACUUGGCGUUCUCGCUCUGUUUACACAUUGGAGGCUGGCAACGAAUACCAUUCUACAAUUAGUUAUAUCAUUGAUUGUAACCCUAACUUACACCGUCCUUCUUUUCACUCCCGGUGAAAAAUCUGAUGGCAAUCCAUUUCUGGAAGCCUCUUGGCAAUCAUUUGCAGAAUUUCCAGGAUACUUUAUGGGUGCCCUGCUGGCCGAGCGUAUUGGGCGACGCUACACGGGUGCUGUUUCCUUAAGCAUUUCGGCUCUCAUGUGGACCAUAGUCGCGUUUCGUGAAAAUAAUUCAAAUGGAUGGAUCCAAAGCCAUUGGAUAGAAACUUCAUUACUUUUCACGAACCGGUUAUUCAUUACAUCUACCUAUUACGUCAUUAAUAUGUUCAAUAUGGAAUUGUACCCCACGUGUCUGAGGCAAUCAGGGAUGUCUUUGGGAAAUGUUAUAUCUAGUGGAGGCGCAGGUAUUGCGCCAUACGUUUUAUAUUUGGGACGACAUGUAGACCCAAAGUGGCCAGGAUUAUUGUUAGCUGGGGCCACUUUAUCCGGAGCAAUUAGCUGUCUACUGCUUCCAGAAACAUUAAAUGCAAAGCUUCCCGAAACUCUAGAAGACGCUCAAAAUUUUGGAAAAAAAUACUUCCCCUUAUCAAAACUGUCAUCACAAAAGCAAGAACACAAUACUGAAUAAUAGAAAUUAAGUACUAGGAAAUUUGUCGUAGCCUAGUCAAGCAUCUCACUUUGUCAUUUACCGUAAUAUACAAGGAUGAAAUUUACUUGUAUUUUAAACGAGUUACCUGUGAACGCUAGGUUUCAAAGCAUCUUCAUGGAAAAAUAUAUACACAGUAGGCCUUUUUUCUCGAAAACGACUCAAAUGUGUGUGUAUAAUAAUUUUUCAACUCAUGCACAAAAAUACAUAGUAAAAUGACACGUUUAUGCAUUUGAGUUUUUUAUGUAGGUACGUUUGAUUGUUCAAAUUAUUUUUUUAUUGCUUUACUAUACAAUAAAUAAAUAUAUCGCCAUGAAAUUUUAUUUAUUCUUUGGUGUUGUUUUUCAUUUUAGAAUGUCGCGCUUUUUUCCACUGAUAACUUUGACAGGUGUGUAAAAAAAGUGUAAUGCGCGAAAAGUUGACUAACAACAGAAAAUUAAAUUUUUUGACUAACAAAUUCGGUGCGCCAGAGUAUAGAUAUGGCUUUGUGCUGCCAGUGGAAAUAAUUAAUUUAAUUUCAGGGUAAUGCGUUGGGGUAAUUUCUGGGUAACAUUAUAUGACAUAAAUAAAUCCAAAUUUUAAUUUAAUUUAAUAAAAUCAUUGAUUUCAAU